AGUUGAUAUCACAUUCGCUACAGCUGAUUUGACUGACAACAGCAGCCGGUCUCCGACCAGCAGUUUCCAGUGAUAAGGUUAUGAUGGGCUCUAUUGUCGAUUGACUGAUAUGGGUCCGAUGGAUUCCUGCUGCGGUCUUCUUCUAUUGCUGAUUGACUAAAAUUGUUUCCAGGUUCCAGAUUUCUAGUUUGGGUUUUCGUCUCGUCGUCCGGAAUGGCUCGAGUUUCGGGAAUCCGGUUUUGAGGCGAGCAUCCAUUGAUCCCGUGCGAGAAGGCUGUUUAUCCAAUACUUGCUGCCUGUCAGCCAAGGGGCAGAACAGAACAGAACAGAACCGAACGGAACCGAACAGAACUAGCGUGUCCAUGGAUCGUCACGCCCGUGCCAGUUUCGUGCUACGAGAAUAGAAUUUUUCUGUCCCCCUCCUUGAAUCGCGCUUCAGGCGUUCAGUCCUCGACUGUCUCUACGUGGUUCAGUCCUCGCGAGAUCCUUAAUCUCCAAUGAAAAUAACUCACCCAGCCAAGAUCCAUGUCGGUCCUCGCGAGAUCCUUAGUACUCCUUAGUCUCCAGUUAGUGCUGUAGGUCUGUGCAAGCCAGGUACCGCCAAUCCCAGCCGCUUUCAGCCGCUUUCAGCCGAUUUCAGCCGGUUUUAGCCGGUUUCAGCCGGUUUCAGCGAUGAAUCCAGCACCGUCGAGCCGGCCAACGGGCCGGUCGGCAGGGCUGGGCCGCGUGGGGCGGAUUCGGCUGCUACUGCUCGCGCUGGGCGUCGCCAUGCUCCUCUCGGGGCUGCGUUUCGUGAAUCGCGCGACGAACCUCGUCGCACGGCCCUCUGGCGACGACUUCGCGAAUUUUACAAGUUUCGACAAGCGAAUGCGAGAUUCCUCUUCGCGAACGCCAACUGUUUCGUCGUCCUCGCCACUCGCAUCCUCCUCCUCCUCCUCCUCCUCCUCCUCCUCCUCCUCCUCCUCCUCCUCCUCCUCCUCCUCCUCCUCCUCCUCCUCCUCCUCCUCCUCCUCCUCCUCCUCCUCCUCCUCCUCCUCCUCCCGCUCCUCCUCUUCCCCCUCGUCCCCCGCCUCCUCCACUAACAUCACUCCCGAUACAAGCACAUCUUCCUCCUCCUCGUCCACUCCUGCUCGAAGCGCGCCUGCGCAAAUGCCUGACAGUAGCUCCGAGCUUUCCGGGGUCGCGGUUCGACCUGCUCCUUCAGAGGAUAUCCCAGGGAAAGCUGAGAGUGGUAACCAGAAUGGUAACCAGAGUGGUAACCAGAGUGUUGCAGUAGAAGACCCGGUAUCGGCUCUGCAGCGGGCUGUGAAGCCCGAGGGAUUCAAGUGGCCUUUGUUGGCCGUCACACCCACACACGCUCGAGCCAUGCAGGUCAUCUAUUUCAUCCGCCUCGCCAACUAUCUUCGCUCUCUGGGCCCCUUGGUGCUCUGGCUCGUCGUCGAGGCGCCUCUUAAGACAGAGGAGACAGCAGAGCUGCUGAGGGUGCAUGCGGGCGCGUGCCUGCCAGCUGGCGACCCCAACUGCCGGCGAAUCAACUACGUCCACCUGGAAACGCGGCGGGUGGAGACGGCCAAGUGGAACAAGGCAGUGCUGCAGCGAAACACCGCUCUGGACUUCAUAGAGGAGAGGCGGAUUCAAGGCGUCGUCUAUUUCAUGGAUGACGACAAUGCGUACCUCCCCCAGCUCUUCCUCGAGUUCCAGAGCAUUCAGAACGCGGGUGUUUUCCCUGUCGGGUUUCUUUACCCGGACGAGUACUCUCGGCGCAACAGGCACAUACACCACACGCCCACGGUAGAGAGGCCGCUUGUAAAGAGGACGGAGAGCGGCGGCUUGCAGGUCUACGGGUGGGAGACGUUUGAGUGGUUCAUCUCAAAGGCCAAGCGGAAGUUCAACGUCGACAUGGGCGGAUUCGCAUUUCGCUCUGAGCUCCUCUGGGAGAACCGCACUGAUCUGCUGGGCUACCCGCGCCACCCUCUCCGCUUUGAAGCCAGCUGGCAAGGGCAACUUGAAGCCACAUUUCUAAGCCGGUUGGUUCCAGAUGCAAGCCAUUUGGAGCCGUUAGCAAACGGAUGCACGCAAGUGCUGGUGUGGCACCUCCAUGUGGAGGCGAAUCGACAACACAAGUAUCCCAUCGGAUGGAGAGUUCCCCAACCAACAGACUUCGAGCGUGCUGAUGAGUUUGAUACCUGGCGAUUUAUUGUUGGUCGGCUGAGGCACCGAAUCAAGGGUCUGGGUCCUAAGGACAUCCCGUUUACAUAUAGACCAUGAAUGGAGUCUGUCAGAUUGAAUGAUUUUUUUGGCUUGUGUUAGGAAAUUCUUUAGGCUAUUUCGUAGGAGUGCUUUGAUGCUUUUGUUCUCGUUAUAGCGAACUAUUGUG